AUGUGGGUUCUGGAGAAGAUCCGGGGAUCCGUGGAGACCGGCGUUCUCCGGCAGGGAGAAGCCGGAGAAAAGUCCGGAAAGGCGCCGGUCUACAGCAACGUCCUCACUCCGGACAAGAUCCCAGACUUCUUCAUCCCCCCGAAACUGGUCAGCUGCCCUCCGGAGGCCGACCCACCAGAUGUCAAACCCAAGGAGGGCUUACGACCCUCCACCUCUGAGCAGGCCAUCGGGAACAAGCCAAUCAGCAGCCCCCGCAGUCCGCGAAGUCCGCGUCUGGUCAGCAAGUUGGCGGGAGACACCAAGAACCUGCUGAGAGCCGCUAACCGACACAUCAUCCAGAUCGAGAGCGCGGACGAUGUUGUCGCCGGCGACACCAACGCGGACCCCCAGUCCCAGACAGCCAUGUCCCUGCCAUACAUCCCCAAAACCCAGACCUCUUACGGGUUUGCCACACUCAUGGAGAGCCCCCACACGCGGAGGAAGGAGUCCCUGUUCCACUGUGAGCACACCAGCCCUGUGACAUCACCAAGCGCCCAACGCAAGUCACAGGCCAAGAGCAACGGGGAGGGGAACCACCUCAACCCUCCCGAAUUCAACACUUCCCACAUCAACCCUUACCGCUACUUCAGCGGUGGGGAGAGCGACACCUGCUCCUCUGCCGAAUCCUCUCCCUUCAGCUCCCCGCUGCUCUCCCGUUCAGCCUCGCUCCUCAAAAUCUUCACCCACGAGACGCAGGCCAAAGUGGUGAAGGCCAAACGGACGUUCGCCCGACACAGCUCCCUCUCCACGGACGAGUGCAGCUCCGCCGAGCCCAGCCCCAACGUCACCCGCCGGAUCCACUACGCCUCCCUGCACGGGGCCGGGGGCGGGGGGGGCCCCGGGGACCACCCACACGCGGCCGAGUGGCAGCAGAGGGAACACACGGUGAAUCUGCACAAGGGUGGCACCGUCAGGCUCUGCGCGGACUACGACGCAGGCACCGCCCGCCUGCGCAUACGCGUGCUGGCCGCGGAAGGCCUCUACGACAAGCUGUUCGACAUCAAGAGCAUCAACUGCUGCGUGUCCCUGUACCUGAACCCGGGGAAGCUGCAGAAACAGAGGAGCACGAUCAUCAAGAACAGCCGCCACCCCGUGUUCAACGAAGACUUCUUCUUUGACUCGGUGACCUCGGCGCAGGUCAAAAACCUCUCGCUAAAGAUUAAAGUGGUCAACAAGGGGACCAGUCUGAAGCGGGACGUGCUUUUGGGGGAAAGAGAGGUGCCCUUGGGGAAACUUUUGUCUGGUCUGUAG